AGAUCUGUCAUUAUCAAAUAUUUGAAAGUGUUUAAUUUUUGACUUUUGGCAUACAUACAAAAUUUUCAGUAAGAAAUUCUCAUAAAUGGCUUCCAAAGUUUAGUUUGUAAUAUGUUGUUAACCUAAAAAGAACGGGUGCUGAAGCAUCGUUUUCGUAAUCUAAUUAAUAACCUUGUGGUGAAUAUAACAGUACCGGACAUUUUGCUAAUAGAUUUGGGUCACACUUUUUUAAAAUUUAAAUCAUAAACAUUUAAGAUGGCAGAAAAGAGAAAAUGCGGAUGUGCUAAACCUGGCUCAGUUUCAUCUAUUGUUCCAGAUGAAUCACCAACAGCAAAAAUAUGUAUUCAGACAGAAGCAGCACCAUUACCAGUCGGUCCAUACAGUCAAGCCGUUAAGAUAGAUAAAACCAUCUACAUAUCGGGAUGUUUAGGUCUUAAACUUGAUCCUAACGAAUUGGUGGAAGGUGGAGCGGCAGCAGAAGCGAAACAAGCUUUAAAGCACAUGGGCACAAUUUUGGAAGCCAGCGGAUCCAGUUAUAAUAACGUUUUAAAAACGACUGUUUUUCUCGGUUGCAUGGAUGAUUUCGCAGCAGUUAACGAUGUAUAUAAACAAUUUUUCACAAAAGACUUCCCAGCGAGAUCUUGUUUUCAAGUAGCAAAACUUCCAUUAGAAGCAAAUGUUGAAAUAGAAGCGAUUGCGACAAUAGUUGAAGGCGAAGUUGCAGCUCCACCAGCAGACGGAGGUGGCGAUGAUGCCCCUCCACCAGAUGGUGAUGCACCCCCAGAGGAUGCACCUCCAGAAGAUGCACCUGCAGAAGAUGCACCUGCAGAGGAUGCUCCAGCUGAAGAAUAGUUAAUACCAGCGAUAUGAAAGAAAGAAAGCUAAGAAAGAUAGAAUAAUAAUAAAUAAUUUUAUAUUAAAAGAUUUUAUAUGUAAUGAUAAAUAUAAUACCAGUUUGAUAAAAUUGAAAGCUCCAGAAAUUAUAUAGAUUAGUUAGAUGCUAGGGUGUAAUAGAAGACAUGAGUUGAACUUUGUACCAAAAACUAUUUCUAAUUAUCAGUAUUGGUAAAUGUCGAAAACAACUAUCACUCACUUUGAUGUUCAAAAUACAUAAAUUAUAUAUGGAUUAAAAAAUUGAACAACAUA